UUAGGUUUUGACCUCCCCUCCGAUGGUGUUGGAACACUGGCGUUGGCACACCUUACCAGUGCACACGUACUGUUCCUAGAAAAUUAAGCAAAAAAAGGACGAUGUCGUACAAAUCUGAUCUUUUACAUCGUGCUAUUGAAAAUAAAGUGCUAAAAUUUGGUACUUUUACACUGAAAUCUGGACGACAAUCUCCUUAUUUUUUCAAUUCUGGAAAUUUUACUCAUGGGGCUGAUCUGAGUGCACUGGGAAACUCCUACGCAGAAACAAUAAUAUCUAUGAAUGUCGAUUUUGAUGUUUUAUUUGGUCCCGCCUACAAAGGAAUCUCUUUGGCCGCAGUAACUGCCGCCAAAUUGUACGAAAAGACAGGCAAAAGUUGCGGCUUUGCAUAUAACAGAAAGGAGGCUAAAAGCCAUGGUGAAGGAGGAAACCUUGUUGGUGCAGAAAUGGAAGGAAAGCGUGUUUUACUCUUGGAUGAUGUGAUUACAGCUGGAACUGCUAUUCGAGAAGCCAUCUCGUUUUUAGAACCUAAACACGUUCAAUUGGCGGGUAUUGUCCUUCUGUUGGAUAGACAGGAACGGGUAGAGGCAGCCGUAAAUGAAAGUACGAUUGGAAAAUUGAAGAAAGAAUACAGUGUUCCUAUUUCAUCCAUUUUGACUUUGGACGACAUUGUCGAAUUCACAAGGUCUGAAUUAUCGACCACCGAAUCUGAUGCAAUGGAUGCUUACCGUACACAAUACCAGGCCAAGUAAGAGAUUCUGCGAACAAAAGCAAAACGCUGUGUUUCUUUUCUGUUAGCAAUUGUAUACAGGCAAACAAGAACAAAGGCUGAAUGAAGAUGUAUGUGUAUCUUUUUUUUUUUUGGGGGGGUUUCUUUAUUUUUCUGCGAGCUUGAAAUGUUUAGCCAGAAUGCAGGGUUAUCGUCUGUAAAAUGGCAACUUAAUAAAAAUCAAUGACUAUAAUUGUGCUAUGGCUUUUUUCCGAGAGAGAGAAUGUUGUUUAUUUUAAUCAAUUAUCUUUUGAAAUUUCACAGCAAAAGUUCUACAGACGAUUGAUAUUUGACUAAACUACUUUACAGUAAUGUAUCCGGGUUCUACAAAUAUUGAUUUUCACAUAAUGUUCUCUCGUUAUGUGUUUCAUUUCUAACAUUUCUAUGCUAAAGAUUACGAAAAGCGACAAAUGCAACACUGACCCAUGGUAAACAUAGCCUUUAAAUAAAUCUUGUAGUACUAAGACUGUUUGCUCCAUGUUAAAAAAACAAAGUGAAAGUAUAUCACAGAUUGUCUCAACAUUUUGAC